CGUGUGUCAUGCUCAGCUUAUUCCAGAAGGUGCCUGCCUACACCCUGAGCCACGGAUUUCACUGUUGACUGCUCUGGUUGUUUGGGUAGAUAUUGAUUGGGUAGAUAUUGUCCUCAACAGACCUGCCCAGAAAGACCGGAAAGAGGACCUGAGAAUUCCUCCUUCCACCACGAAUUCACUGGGAAGCACAUAAAAUUUCACUCUGCUAGUAUAUUCCUACGAGAAGUUACCAAAGCCUGAUAAAUUUUGCAACUCUAAGUGUACCUCUCCUGGGAUUACAACGAAUUAAAACAGGGAUUCAAAGAAGUCUCCGAGGACAGGAAAAAGAAUGCUCCGUGGCCGAUCCCUGUCUGUGACAUCCCUGGGUGGGCUUCCCCAGUGGGAAGUUGAAGAACUUCCUGUGGAGAAUUUGCUGCUCUUUGAAGUUGCUUGGGAAGUGACCAAUAAAGUUGGAGGCAUCUAUACUGUGAUUCAGACAAAGGCCAAAACCACAGCAGAUGAAUGGGGAGACAAUUAUUUUCUGAUAGGUCCAUAUUUUGAGCAUAAUAUGAAGACUCAGGUGGAACAGUGUGAACCUGCAAACAACGCUGUCAAAAGAGCAGUGGAAACAAUGAAUAAGCAUGGCUGCCAGGUACAUUUUGGAAGAUGGCUGAUUGAGGGGAGUCCUUACGUGGUGCUCUUUGACAUAGGCUAUUCGGCUUGGAACCUGGACAGGUGGAAAGGUGACCUCUGGGAAGCAUGCAGUGUCGGCAUUCCUUAUCAUGACCGAGAAGCCAAUGACAUGCUGAUAUUUGGCUCUUUAACUGCCUGGUUCUUAAAAGAGGUGACCGAUCACGCGGACGGGAAACACGUCGUCACCCAGUUCCAUGAAUGGCAGGCCGGAACCGGACUGAUCCUUUCUCGAGCCCGGAAACUUCCCAUUGCCACGAUAUUCACAACCCACGCCACACUACUCGGGAGGUAUCUCUGUGCGGCAAAUAUUGAUUUCUACAACCAUCUUGACAAGUUUAACAUAGACAAAGAGGCUGGGGACAGGCAGAUUUACCACCGGUACUGCAUGGAGCGGGCCGCUGUGCAUUGUGCUCAUGUGUUCACCACAGUUUCUGAAAUAACAGCAAUAGAGGCAGAACACAUGCUGAAGAGAAAGCCUGAUGUAGUUACUCCAAAUGGCUUGAGUGUUAAAAAAUUUUCAGCAGUGCAUGAGUUUCAAAAUCUACAUGCCAUGUACAAAGCCAGGAUCCAAGAUUUUGUUCGAGGUCAUUUCUAUGGUCAUCUCGACUUUGAUCUUGAAAAGACUUUGUUCCUUUUCAUUGCUGGGAGGUAUGAGUUUUCAAACAAAGGAGCUGACAUCUUCCUAGAAUCCUUAUCCAGGCUAAAUUUCCUGCUGAGGAUGCACAGAAGUGAUGUCACAGUGGUGGUGUUUUUCAUUAUGCCUGCCAAGACAAAUAAUUUCAAUGUGGAAACCCUGAAAGGACAGGCAGUGCGAAAACAGCUAUGGGACAUUGCACAUUCUGUGAAGGAAAAGUUUGGAAAAAAACUCUAUGAUGCAUUAUUAAGAGGAGAAAUUCCUGACAUGAACAAUAUUUUAGAUCGAGAUGACCUAACAAUUAUGAAAAGAGCCAUCUUUUCAACACAGCGACAGUCACUGCCCCCUGUGACCACUCACAACAUGAUUGAUGACUCCACGGAUCCCAUCCUCAGCACCAUUAGACGGAUUGGACUUUUCAACAACCGUGCGGACAGAGUCAAGGUGAUUUUGCACCCAGAGUUUCUAUCCUCCACCAGCCCCUUAUUGCCCAUGGACUAUGAAGAGUUUGUACGAGGUUGUCAUCUUGGAGUAUUUCCGUCAUACUAUGAACCCUGGGGUUAUACUCCAGCUGAAUGCACUGUGAUGGGUAUCCCCAGUGUGACAACAAACCUCUCCGGCUUUGGCUGUUUCAUGCAGGAGCACGUAGCUGAUCCUACUGCUUACGGUAUUUACAUUGUUGACAGGCGAUUCCGCUCUCCUGAUGAUUCUUGCAAUCAGCUGACUAAGUUUCUCUAUGGAUUUUGCAAACAGUCACGCCGCCAAAGAAUUAUCCAGAGGAACCGAACUGAGAGGCUCUCAGAUCUUCUGGAUUGGAGAUACCUAGGCAGAUAUUACCAGCAUGCCCGGCACCUGACAUUAAGCAGAGCUUUUCCAGAUAAAUUCCACGUGGAAACCAUAUCACCACCAAUGACGGAAGGAUUUAAAUAUCCCAGGCCUUCCUCAGUGCCACCUUCUCCUUCAGGGUCUCAGGCCUCCAGUCCUCAAAGCAGUGAUGUGGAAGAUGAAACUGACGAUGAGAGAUACGAUGAGGAAGAGGAGGCUGAAAGGGACCGGUUAAAUAUUAAGUCACCAUUUUCUCUGAGCCAUAUUCCUCGUAGGAAGAAAAAGCUGCAUGGUGAAUACAAGAACUGAAUUCCACACGUGCUGAGCAGAGCUAAUUUUGUAAGAACAGAGGAAGAAUGAUUAUUUAAAAGAAUGAAAAUACUACAGAUUUCAUUAUCUUCUUCUAAAUAUUCCAAUGGAAUUUAGUCUAUGCCUAAAAGGUGGAAGAGAUUAAGUAAAUGGCAAUUUUGUAAUUUAGAAUAAAAUCCAAGUUAUUCUUCCCA